CAGUAGAAAAUGUUGUAGCAAGUGGGAGAGGACGAGGAACCUGGAUGAAAUGGAAAAAAGACAGAGCUAUGAUAGCCACUGGUGGAGUGAUAACUGGCCUGGCUGCCUUGAAAAGGCAGGACUCUGCCAGGUCACAACAUCAUGUCAACCUCAGCCCAUCGCCUGCUGCCCAGGAGAAGAAACCAGCCAGGAGAAGACCUAGGGCAGAUGUGGUGGUUGUUCGAGGCAAAAUUAGGCUUUAUUCUCCAUCGGGUUUUUUCCUCAUUUUAGGAGUGCUUAUCUCCAUUGUAGGAAUCGCAAUGGCAGUCCUUGGCUACUGGCCCCAAAAAGAACAUUUUAUUAAUGCUGAAACGACAUUGUCAACGAACGAAACCCAGGUAAUUCGGAACCAAGGUGGUGUGGUGGUUCGCUUCUUUGAGCAACAUUUACAUUCUGACAAAAUGAAAAUGCUUGGCCCUUUCACAAUGGGGAUUGGCAUUUUCAUUUUCAUUUGUGCAAAUGCCAUCCUCCAUGAGAACCGUGACAGGGAAACCAAAAUCAUACACAUGAGGGAUAUCUAUUCAACGGUCAUUGACAUCCAUACACUAAGAGUCACGGAGCAAAAGCAUAUGAAUGGCAUCUACACAGGUUUGAUGGGAGAAGCAGAAAUAAAACAGAAUGGGAGCUCCUGUGCCUCAAAACUGGCAGCAAACACCAUUGCCUCCCUCUCGGGAUUCAGGAGCAGUUUUCGGAUGGACAGCUCUGUUGAGGAAGAUGAGCUUGUUUUAAAUGAAAAUAAGAGCUUGGGCCAUCUUAUGCCCCCUUUGCUCUCUGACAGCUCUGUCUCUGUCUUUGGCCUCUAUCCACCUCCUUCCAAGACAACUGAUGAUAAGACCAGCGGCCCUAAGAAAUGUGAAACCAAGUCAAUUGUGUCGUCAUCCAUCAGUGCUUUUACAUUGCCUGUGAUCAAGCUCAAUAACUGUGUCAUUGAUGAGCCCAGUAUAGAUAACAUCACUGAGGAUGCCGAUAACCUCAAAAGUCGGUCAAGGAAUUUGUCAAUGGAUUCUCUUGUGGUCCCUUUGCACAACACCACUGAAUCCUUCCAUCCAGUCAGCACAGUCCUCCCACGGAAUAAUUCCAUUGGGGAGUCACUGUCUGAUCAGUACAAGUCGUCAGUGGCCCUUGGGCCUGGGACUGGUCAGCUCUUGUCUCCUGGAGCUGCUAGAAGACAGUUUGGGUCCAACACAUCCUUGCAUUUUCUCUCUUCACAUUCAAAAUCUUUAGACUUAGAGCGGGGUCCCUCUACCCUAACUGUUCAGGCAGAACAGCGGAAGCAUCCAAGUUGGCCUCGGUUGGAUAGAAGCAACAGCAAAGGAUACAUGAAACUGGAGAACAAAGAGGACCCGAUGGAGAGGUUGCUUGUGCCCCAAGCUGCAAUGAAAAAAGACUUCACCAACAAGGAAAAGCUUCUCAUGAUUUCGAGGUCUCACAAUAACUUGAGUUUUGAACAUGAUGAAUUUUUGAGUAACAACCUAAAGCGGGGAACUUCUGAGACAAGGUUUUAAUGUUAAAAAAAAAAAAGUUAUUUUACAAGACUACACAUUUUAAAGCUCUUUUCAUCAUUGUUUCUUUGUUAAGGCAUUGGUCGGCAACCUUUUUUAUCAAAUGGUUUGUAGUGUAUUAGAACUGGCUGCUUAAUUCUGUAAUAGAGAUGGUUGAAUGUUUGGGUUCCUUAUGAUUGCAGUUCUCUAUAUUACCAUAUGUAAUUUUUUACCCUGUUAGUUUGAACGUAUGAUCUCAUUUAUUAACAUGAAUACAAAUUACUUCCAUUUGAAUUAAAGCUCCUUUCUUUCAUUGAUGGUCAGGUUCACGAAAUGAAAUGUGCAAUUUGGAAAAGGCAGAUUAGAACUACCAAAUUCAGAUCCAAGACUCACCACAUAUUUAUCAGUGUGUGUAAGUGCAAAUCUUAGAUAUCAUCUCCUGAAUAAUUGCUUUUAUAAAGGAUUGGUUCCAUUAUUUAAAAGGGAAAAAGACCUAGCUUUUGUGUAAGCUAAACAAUGUGAACUGGUUAAAUUAGUUUAGUUCUGUGAGGGCUGUUUAAAUAUGAAUUGGAUUGAGUUGGUUGUGCUUCCUAUGUUGAGCUCUAGGUAGGUAGCAUUUUUUCAUCAUUCUAUUUCUAUGACAUUUUUUUUUUUACCGAGAAACCACAUAUUCAAGCGUUAUGAAUGAGAAUAUCAGAUAUUCCUAGUGAUAAAUAUCAAAAUGCUAUUUGCUUUAGCUUUAGAUAUUCAGAAUUGAAAUUUUUUUGCAAGUGGCUAAAAACACUUGCAAACGCUGUCUUGAAAUAAUUGUAUACAUGAGGAACUUACAGACUUGUGGAUAAAGAAAACAUUAUAUGCUAGCUAAUGCUAACUAGUUUCUGUACCCUUUCCUGUUCAUCUCUGUUCUCAUCCAAUAUCCCCUCAUUCCAACAUCUUUAUUUUCCCCCAAUACUUUUUAAGAUCAUAUUAUUUGGAAAAUAAUCAGUUGACUUUAUUUUUUUUUUUAAUCUUUACAUACCGUUGACUUGCUGAUUCAAGAAAAUUUAGUCCUUAUAAAUUGCCUUGAAAUUUAUUUCUGUGUUGGAAAGCCUUAUGAUAACUCCAAAGACUUUCAUAUGGUGUAAUCAAUUUUUAGGA